AAUGUAGCAUACCUUGUAGAACUGUCAUCAUACUUGGGUGUGGUGUAAGCCUCUGACAGUUUGGCCGAUUCAUACAAACAACAAGCAAGUUCUCUCGCUCUCCAUCGUCGCACACACCGCGGUAUUGGUUGAUUAUUAUUGUUCUCGCGAUUCAAGCUUACUGAAAAGCUGUGGGGCCAGUUCGAUUCAGCUCGACAUCACGACUAGUGCUGCUGGCUGCCUGAAAAUGAUGGUGGUCGUAUUAGCAGCAACACAUCAGAGCAAAAACAGAAAAUACAACGGAGAGCGGAGAAAAUAGAAAAAAAUAAACUUCGCCAUAUUGAAUUGCGAGAAGUUCUUAUGUCUUACUUUUUUUCCUGCCAGAAUUGAAAACUGUUUCCUGGUACCAGGACCUUGUAACAUCCGAAUCAGUUAAGUUUGAACAGCAGAGAAAAAUGAUGGCAAAGUGGUUGAUAAAACGAAGAUCAUAAUGAAAUUUUCAUAAUUGAGUAAACUCUAGUUCAGUGCUGUGAUUACUGUUGGAUUUUGUCAUUUCUCAGUGAAACGUAUUGUGUACUAGUGACUGUAAAAUUAUAGUACGGAAAUUUCCGUCUUCAUCAAAACUGGAGUCCUGCGAGCCAGACAACUCCAAGGCUCAAAAGCAAAAACGUCGUUCGACCAAAACUACGAAUAAAGUAAAAGUUCAGCAGUGGAGGACGACAAAAGGAAGAGACAAGAUGAACCAGACAGUAUCCAGAAAUAGAUUCGAGAAAGCCUACAUAAUGCCAGAAGAUGAAAUCUCAAAAAAACUACCGAAAGAGAUUCUUCUGCGCAUUUUAUCCUAUCUUGACGUAACCUCGCUAUGCCGAUGUGGACAGGUAUCCCGAUACUGGAACAUACUAGCACUAGAUGGGUCGAAUUGGCAGAAAAUUAACUUGUUCGACUUUCAGCGGGACAUAGAGGGUCUCGUGAUCGAAAACAUCUCGCUCCGGUGCGGUGGUUUCUUGAAAUAUCUCUGCCUACGAGGCUGCCAGUCGGUGGGUAGUCAAUCGAUACGAACCCUUGCUCAACACUGCCAUAAUAUAGAACAUUUGGACUUGGCCGAGUGCAAGAAAAUCACCGACGUUGCCAUACAUCCGCUCAGCAAGUUCUGCACCAAACUUACCGCCAUCAACCUCGAAUCCUGCUCGCAGAUCACGGACUGUAGCCUGAAGGCUCUCUCGGACGGAUGUCCGAACCUAACUGAAAUUAAUGUUUCCUGGUGCAAUCUAAUUACGGAAAACGGUGUGGAAGCGAUCGCGAGGGGUUGCAAUAAAGUGAAAAAGUUCAGCAGUAAAGGUUGCAAACAGGUAAACGAUAGAGCAGUUAUUGCCUUGGCACUUUUCUGUCCAAACAUUGAGGUUUUAAAUCUACACAGUUGCGAAAGUAUAACAGACGCAUCAGUGUCGAAGAUAGCGGAAAAGUGCAUCAACUUGAAGCAGCUAUGUGUGUCUAAAUGUUGCGAGCUCACCGAUCAAACGUUGAUCGCACUGGCAACGUAUAACCACUACUUAAAUACGCUAGAAGUGGCCGGUUGUACUCAGUUCACCGAUUCAGGAUUCAUAGCGCUAGCGAAGAACUGUAAAUACUUGGAACGAAUGGAUCUGGAGGAGUGUAAUCUAAUCACUGACGCGACACUGUUUAAUUUGGCCGUAGGCUGCCCUAGCUUAGAAAAACUGACGCUGUCUCACUGCGAACUGAUAACCGACGAAGGUAUUCGGCAGCUGGCUGCCGGAGGUUGCGCUGCCGAAAGUUUAUCCGUCCUCGAGCUGGAUAACUGUCCGCUGAUAACUGACGCAACACUCGAACAUUUAAUAUCCUGUCACAAUCUGCAGAGGAUAGAGCUCUACGACUGCCAACUAAUAUCUAGGAAUGCUAUCCGUAAACUAAGGAAUCACCUACCAAACAUCAAAGUGCACGCCUACUUUGCUCCUGUGACACCACCACCGACCACAACUGGACCGCGACCUAGGUAUUGUCGUUGUUGCGAGAUUCUCUGAGAUCAGGCGAUUGGCUUAGCCAGAAAAGUUCUCUGUAGGAGUAGAGAUGACUGAUAUUUAUACCUAUAAUCUUAAUUGAGAUACAAGACACGAAUACGCCUCUGCAGCGUGGUGUAAAUCAACUCAUGAAGAAAUUGUAAUAAUUGGAACACACGCUAAUAAUUAUAGAUAAUUAUUCUUUGUCCUUCAGGAUAGAAACAGUGUAACACAUUGAACGGUAAUAUUCUAUUCUAAUCAUCAUCGUUGUAUGGUCGUAGAAAGAGCAUCAAUGUGAAAACGAUUCCAAAGCCAGCGAAACAAUCUGUUUUCCUUUGUUACAAACUUCUUAUUUUGCACACACCAUUAUUAGGAACAAAACAGAUGAGUAUCAGAACCAGUGCAAAACCAGGCUAACAUUUAUCAACUGAGAAAAUUGACAUAUUUUUCGAAAAUAAACAACCAUACCAGUUAGCGAGUUUGGAUUUGUCACCAUUUUUCUUUACUUAGUAUUUAACGACAGCAUAACUGGAAGCAAAACGAUGGGGCAACCAUAACCAUGUGUUCAAUUAGUAAUGAAUGAGAACAGCACGUUAAUGAGCAACCGGAAGGAACAGCGUAAUAUUUGCAUCGUAAUUCUGAGGAGUGAAAUUUAGAGAGAGGUAGAAAACAGCUUGGCAUUUGAAGCAACUAGAAGCAAAUAUUUUUUCCUAAUGACGCUAAAAUUGCGGCUAGCUAUACGCAGCCCCUAGUGCGAUAAGUCAGUGAAUGCUAAAUCACACUAAAAAAUCAUCAACGGCAAACAAUAACUUUAGAAUUAAUUACAUUAGUCGUAUCACAAUAUCUAUUAAUAAUCGAAUCGAAAUGUGACGGUUACGUGGAUCACACGUGCAACCUGGAUGCAAUCAGAAAAGUUACUGACUUGGACAGCAGAACAUAUGUGCGUGAGAAUGUGAUAAAAUUUUGAGGGUAAAUAGUUGUGAUUAAUGUUCGAAAUCAGUUGAAAGCGACAAUAGCGAGUUGUACACGUGGAAACUAUUUUGCAUUUGGAAUGCUGCAUGAUUGCUCGAGGCCUGACAGGACGCGUAGUGUUGGCUAUAGAGAUCGUAAUAAAACGAACAUUUUCAUGUGAAGCGCAAGCGAGAAGCUGAUUUGAUUGUGAUCUAUACAUAAAUACAUUAAAAUAUAUUUACGAUGGUAAACCACACGGUGACACAUUAGAAGAAAAAAUUGAAUAAAAAUAAAAUUUUACAUAAAAACUA